AUGAGGCCUGCUGAAGUCACUCUCGACCUUGGUGCACCGCCAGACUACUCCCCCCGCACUUCAUCUGACUUCGAAGAGGUCCAGUACCCCUUGCUUGACGACACUCCCUGGCCCAAGUCUGCUCGCAGGGAGGAGGAGCUACCGCUGCACUACAUGACGGAGGAGAAGACCCGUCGGAGGGUCCCCCGCCCUCUCGUUGAGGUACCCAGCUAUGGGGGACAGGACGAGGACACGGGAAUGGGGUAUGAGAUGUACGACGACGAGGGCAAGGAUGUAUACUCCAAAAUGAAGAUGAAGAGCCCACUUGGCAGCGGUCGUUUGAGGCGACCGCCUCCAACUCCUCCAACAAACAUUCUCGAGUUCUUCCAACAAAACAUUGAACACAUCCCGCCCAUUGUCUACACACUCCUUUCCUGCUGGACGCGUUUCCACAAAAUUGGCAAAUCCAACGUCGUCAUCUGGGACGAAGCCCACUUCGGCAAGUUUGGGUCCUUCUACCUAAAGCGCCAGUUCUACUUCGAUGUGCACCCGCCGCUGGGCAAGAUGCUGGUCGGCUUGGCUGGCCUGCUGUCGGGCUAUGACGGGACCUUCGACUUCCAGAGCGGGGGGGCGUACCCCGAGCAUGUGCCGUAUGUAGCCAUGCGUGUUAUCAUGGCGAUCUUCGGUGUCGCGAUGGUCCCGCUCGGAUGGUAUACGGCGGUCGAGCUGGGCAUGAGCUGGAGGGCAUGUCACCUAGUUGCCUUGAUGGUGCUGCUCGACGUUGCGUGGUUGUGCAUCUCGCGUUUCAUUUUGUUGGACUCCAUGCUCCUCUGCUUCACAUUCACUACGGUCUUCUGUCUCUCGAAAUUCCACAACCAGCAAUACCGUUCAUUCUCGUUUGACUGGUGGUUAUGGCUGGCCUUGACUGGCGUUUCCAUUGGUUGCGUAACAAGUAUCAAGUGGGUCGGACUAUUUGUGACAGCCUUAGUGGGUCUGUACACUAUCGAGGAUCUAUGGGAUAAAUUCGGCGACCUGAGGAUGUCCGCGCGCGAUCAAGCCAGGCACUGGGGAGCACGAAUAGCCUGCCUCAUUGUGCUGCCCAUCACGCUCUACAUGUUCUUCAUCAAGUUGCACUUCAUGAUCCUGAACCAUUCCGGACCAGACGAUGCGAAGAUGAGCUCCCUGUUCCAGGCGAAUCUCGUCGGCAAUAGCUUCGCUGAGAACCCACUAGAAAUAGCGUACGGUUCCAAAGUGACACUGAAGAACAUGGGUUGGGGCGGCGGUCUGCUUCACUCUCAUGUCCAGGUAUACCCCGUUGGUUCAGAACAACAGCAGGUUACAUGCUACCACUACAAGGACGACAACAACGACUGGGUCAUUCAUCCCCGAUGGGACGAGCCAGAGUACGACCCGAAUAGUGCUCUCAAGUUCCUGAGGGACGGCGACGUCAUCCGGCUGAACCACGCAUCCACGACUCGUAAUCUUCACUCUCACCCCGUACCCGCCCCGAUUUCCAAGCUCAACAACGAGGUUUCGUGCUAUGGCAAUAGCACCGUCGGUGAUAUUCACGACUAUUGGGUGCUGGAGGUUGUUGACGACAUAAACCGCGGCAGCAAGGCCCACGUAGAUAUUAUUCACUCGUUGACGACGCGUUUACGGUUUCGCCACCUGAACACCGGAUGUUACCUGCGCGCGGACAACAGCAUCCUGCCGCAGUGGGGUUUCAAGCAGGUGGAAGUCAGCUGCACCAAAGAGAACGAUGUCAAGGACACGCAUACCUACUGGAAUGUGGAGGGACAUUGGAACGACCGCCUGCCGCCUGGCGAUCACAAGAUGUAUCGUACAUCGUUCCUCCGCGACUUCUGGCACCUUAACGUGGUGAUGAUGACGUCGAACAACGCCCUCGUCCCUGACCCUGACAAAGAGGAUAUCCUUGCAUCUAAGCCGCUUGACUGGCCUUUCCUCCGCCUCGGUCUGCGCAUGUGCGGGUGGGGCGAUAACCAGACAAAGUAUUACCUGCUGGGUACGCCUAUCAUCUGGUGGGGUGGCACCAUCAGCUUGGGCGCGGGCCUCCUCGCCUUCGGAGUCUAUCUGCUUCGCAUGCAGCGCAAGUUCGUUGAUAUGGAGCCUCGAGAAUGGGAUCACUUCCUUUAUGUGGGCAAGGUAGCGUUCGUCGGCUGGUUCUUGCAUUUCUUCCCAUUCUUGAUCAUGGGCAGAGUGACAUAUGUGCACCAUUAUCUCCCCACAUUGUACUUCUCGGUGCUGAUGCUCGCGCAUCUCAUCGACCACUUCAUCUUCACCUCGCGGCGCCUGUCCGAGAGGACGAAGUGGAUUACGUUCGGGUUCUGCGUGUCCGCGAUCGUGUUCACAUUUUGGUGGUUCAAGGGCGUAGCCUUCGGUAUCGAUGGUCCCGUCAAGGAGCACUGGGGUUUGCAGUGGCGUUCGUCUUGGAACAUCUACGACCCGUAG